GAAAUAUAAGGGGGGGGGAGUCUCCAGGGAGUACACUGUAAUCUGUGUUUCCUUUUCUUCUUUUUCUUUUUGUAUUCAGUUGUAUAUGUACUGUUUGUAUUAUCUGUGUUUAAAAAAAUAAACAUUAUAAACAAAAAAAUGAACAUUUUGACAACAGGAUAAUAAAGGACAUAGACUUUAAAAACAAAACAAAAAAGGCCCUCCCAGCUCAAGUUCUCACAACAACUUCGCCCCUGUGGAUUGGCUCCCUGGCCUCUGGCUGGACACAGGGGAGGGAUUUUUUGCAGUGUUUAACGGUUCUGAGCGGGAAUUUCAGAUCCUUCCUUGCUUUCUUGCUAUCACUUUCUCUCAAUAAAAGUUUCCUUCUGAAAUGUUUGUUUCACGAGUUCUCAGAGAGGAGGGGCCAGGCCUUACAGGCGGCUCCUGGCCUGGUUCCCAACAGCGCCUCCAGUGGCGUGUUCUGGUAGCGCAUCCGCAAAAGGAAGCCAUCGGACCAUUCCCCACUCUGAGGCCGCCCGGGAAAAACCGGAUCAGGAAGAAUAAGGCGGCGCCGGACGCUGCCCGUUCCGAAGAGGCCUUAAGAGGCGCUCCGCAGCAGCCUCACUUUCGCCGCCUCCAGUGCCCGGGCUCUGCGCGCGGCUCACGGGUGAGCGGCUAGCGGAUCUCGAGGGGCCAAAGCGACGAGGGGCCUCCUCCCCCCAGGACGCCUUUCCCGGUCCGUCCAGCGGCCACCACGGCGGAAUCGCCCUGGGGGGCAGGCAGGUGCGCGCCAGGUGCCCCAGCUCCUCCCUCCCCGCAGGGACGGCCGGGCGCGGCUCCUGCUCAGGUACGGGCCUGCCUGCCACGCCCGAAGGCGGAGGCGCCGCCACACCCGCCCUGGCCAGCUGGAGCAGCGCGAGUUGGGUUGGGCGCCUCCGCGGCCCGCACUCGCCGACCUCGCCGCUGCCGGGCCCCGCGCGCCAUGGGGCCGUCGCUGCUGCUGCUGCUGCUGGGUUCGCUGUUGCCCUCGGCCGCCCCGGGGAGGCGGUGCCCCGACUGAGCCUCGGCCACGAUUCUCCCCGGAGGCGGCUGUGGAGCAACUUCCAGAUGCCUGGAGUCUCCAACUACACCACAAUGAUGCUGAGCCCAGAUGGGCAGGCCUUGUACGUUGGUGCCCGCGAGAUGCUUCUUGCUCUGAACACCAGGGCCUUCUCUCCCGGGCCCCAGCACCAGCAGCUCAUCUGGCACGCCGAGGAGGAAAAGAAACAGCAGUGCAUCUUCAAGGGCAAGGACCCUCAGAGAGACUGCCACAACUACAUCAAGGUCCUCCUGCAGCUGAAUGAGACCCACCUAUACACCUGUGGGACCAGCGCCUUCAGCCCCACCUGCACCUACAUUAGCCUGCCAGCCUUCCAGCUGCAGCGAGACCCUUCGGGGCAGCUCUUGCUGGAGGAUGGGAAGGGACGCUGCCCCUUUGACCCGGAGUACAGAUCUACAGCCAUCAUGGUUGAUGGGGAACUGUAUACAGGGACUGUCAGCAAGUUUCAGGGCAACGAGCCCACCAUCUUCCGCAGCCUUGGCAGCCGCCCGCCCAUCAAGACAGAAAGUUCCCUCAACUGGUUGCAAGAGCCGUUCUUUGUGGGCUCAGCCUUCCUGCAGGAGAGCAGCAGCCCGGAGGAUGAGGAUGGCAAGAUCUACUUCUUCUUCAGUGAAACCGGCAAGGAGUUUGACUUCUUUGAAGACACUGUUGUGUCCCGUGUUGCACGUGUGUGCAAGGGUGACCUGGGUGGAGAGCGUGUGCUCCAGCGACGAUGGACAACCUUCCUGAAGGCUCAGCUGCUCUGCUCCCAUCCAGAGGAUGGCUUCCUCUUCAAUGUCCUUCAGGACAUGUUUGUGUUGACGUCAGGCGACGGAUGGCCAGAGACGGUCUUCUAUGGGGUCUUUACCUCUCAGUGGGAUAGGAAAGGCCCUGGGGCUGCAGCGGUGUGUGCCUUCUCUGUCUCCGAUGUGAAGGAAGCCUUUGAUGAUGGGCUCUACAAAGAAGUCAACCGGGAGACCCAACAGUGGUACACAGAUGUCCAUCCUGUGCCAGAACCCCGCCCUGGAGCAUGCAUCAACCACAAGAGCCGCCAGAUGAAGAUCAGCUCUUCCCUGCAGAUGCCGGAUCGGGUUCUGAACUACCUCAAGGACCACUUCCUCAUGAACAGCGCGGUGAGGAGCCAGGCCCUCCUUGUGCAGCCCCGCUCUCGUUACCAGCAGCUCAGUGUGCAGCGUGUCCAGAGUCUGCAGCAAACCUACGAUGUCUUGUUUCUGGGCACAGAUGAUGGCCGCCUGCAUAAGGCAGUGAUCACGAGGCGAGGAGUCCGGAUCAUUGAGGAGAUUCAGCUGUUCCCUCCGGAGCAACCUGUCCUAGAGCUGCUGCUGGACUCUACCCAGGGUCUGGUUUAUGCUGCCUCAUAUGAUGCCCUGGCACAGGUGCCCGUGGCCAACUGCAGUCUCUAUCGGAGCUGUGGAGAAUGUGUCCUGGCUGGAGACCCUUACUGUGCCUGGAGUAGAGGGGCCUGUCAGCUGUUUAUCUCCAGCCCUUGGCCACUCCAAUCAGUGACCUGGGUUCAGGACAUCGAAGGGGCUGAGACAAGCCAGCUUUGCCAGACCAGCGGCGUGGAACUCGGCCAUUCAGAAGGAGAGCAAGCCCCAUGUCAGCAGGUGGUGCUCCAGCCCAACGUUGUGAUGCCGUUGCCCUGCCCACUGCUGUCCAACCUGGCUUCCCGGCACUGGGUGCAAAACGGGGCUGCCCUCAGCUCCGCUGUCCUGGUGCUGCCCAAGGGAGAGCUGCUGCUGGUGGGCAGUCCAGCCGAGGUGGGGCGCUACGAAUGCUGGUCUCAUGAGGGCAGCUUCCAGCAGUUGAUGGCAAGCUACUGUGUGAGUGUGGAGCCAGGGCUCUGGGCCAAGUUGGUGCCCGCCCAAGACCCCCUGAAGACCCUUAGCACCUCCAGGAGCAUCUCGGGGGAGAACGUCUCGGGGCUGUUGGAGGGCAGGACCUACUGGACUGAGUUCCUUGUGAUGUGUGGGCUCUUCAGUGUUGCCGUGACGCUGCUGAUCCUUUUCACGCUGCACAAGCACCAGGUCAGCCUGAAGGUCUGCCUGAAGCAAGGCCGAUGCGGCUGGUCCCAGCCCAGGAUUUUGCAGGACAGAGAGAUUCUGCCUGCUGAGAACAUGCCUCCCCUCUCUGGCCUGAAUGUGCCUGGUGCCCUGGCAGACCACAAGGGCUACCAGGCUCUGUGCGAGAGUCUGGUGGUGAGCAUGCCUGGGCAUGAGUCCCUAGCCGGCCCCCCUGUGGCUUUUCUGGAGUCUGAUCGGCGACCACUUAAUAUAUCCAAGACUUUCGUGGAGGUGUUGGGUCCCGCCCAGCGCCCUCGGGUUCGCCUUGGCUCUGAGAUCCAGGACUCAGUUGUGUGACCUUCCCCAAGAGUGUCAUUCUGCGGGCUUGAAAGGAGCAGGGCAGAAUCUUCUGGUGUCCCCAUACUCUGGCAGAGGACCAGGCAGAAGGGCAGCCCCACUCAGCUAAGGAAUAGGGCCAGGCACUCUAGCUCUGCGGCACGGUUCCUGCCACGGCAGUAAUGCCACUUAGGGGUAGCCUCCAGGUGUAGAACCAGGUACAGCCUCCCGUUCUAGGGUGCCCUUCAGCUCAAGCGGUGCACUGCCAGAAGUCCUUAGCACUGCCAGGAGGGGACAGAAUGGGACAACCUGGCUCCCCUUUCUUCAGCCUUGUGGGAACCAUUGCUGGGAGGGUAGCUUGCAUGGUACAAAAUACCCGCCUGGAAGUCACCUGUGAAAGGAGAUACUCUGGUUAAACAUCCUGUCUUUGGGAAGGAAAGCCUGGGAGAUACCUUGGUCUGACCUCUAAUGAACUGUGCACUAGGGGGGAAAUUACUGCACCAUUUUGUGUCAGAAAAACUCCUCUGUGUGGUUUCUUUGUGUGUAAAACCAGAGACCUGGUCCUGGUGACACCCACUGAUGAGCAGAAAGCAUCGGGGAGCAUCCUUCAGGGUGUCCUUCAGAACAACAGAAGCUACAGCCGGCUCCUAAAAGGAGCCCAUUUCAAAAGUUUUGUCUUUCAUCAUCCAGACUCCAGAUCAUCACACCUUAAGGGACCUUUCUCCACAGCUAAACAUUUAAUAACCCGUCUGUUUCACACAGACGUAAUCUCUUGUCUUCCAGGGGAGGAAAGAGUAGUGACUCUUGCACCAUGCUUGGGUGAAGCCAUUUAAACCAUUCCUGUGCUGUCCUUCCAACCUCAGCUGGUGCUCUGAAUAAUUGCCCCAUUCCUAAAUGCUUGGCUGGCCUGAAGAGGGGGAAGCCAUUUGUUUCCAGCAGAUCUCUUCACUGGUUAACUCAGGUGCAGUUGCCCUAACAAGGGGCUUGACUUUGGUUUAGGAGUUUGUUGAUUAUCUGAUCCUUGUUUGUGGUCUGUGACCAUAAACCGUCUCCCUUGGCCUGUUUCACCAACUGGAGUGGCUGUUUUGUGAAAAGGCCAAGUCCCCACCACCCGAGGUGUCAAAGCCUAGAAGGGCCAAGGACCCUCCAUGAGGACCCGCCAGGAUUCCUGCAGGGAAAGUUCCUUGCACCGCUGGAAGCAGGCUUCUUGGUGGGCUGCUUUGGGCUCCCAGAGGGAAGAGAGUUGUUGGCCAAGGACUGGAUGGGGCUCCUGCAGUCCUACUCCUGUCAGCCUCCCACCUGAGAGGGUCGGAUUGAAAUGUGUGGCAAGACGGCAUAACUCCUGUUUUUCUGUUCUUCGCUCCUUCAAAGGCAAACCUGGGCUCCUUCUGCCGUGCUGGGAGCGAUACAGAGGAGCUUGUUCUUUAGAAAGUGAAAUAAAGAUGGAGGAACAUGAGUGGGUUCCAUUUAUUGAGUUUUAUUUAGUAAACUAGAAAUCAGACAAAAUCAUGUCACAAGUAUAUUUAUCAAACUCCAGAGACUGCUGCUCUUCCCCACCACUCAGAAAGCAAGAAAAAUGGUCGUGAUUCAGACCCUGCAAUAGAAAAAGUCUCAGUUGCUCCACGAGGAGGCAGAAGAAGGAG